GUUUCACUUUCGGUUUUUCUCCUGGGCUCGUUUCUUUGCCGGACUUUUCUUUCUCGGCUCCCAACCUCCUGUCAGCACAAUCUGAACCCGACGUUGUCUCCUCUCUCCUCGCCAAGGAGGUUUCUGAUGGUUUCAUGGUCGGCCCCUUUUCCUCUCCCCCUUUUUCUACUUUUCGGAUUAAUCCCAUCGGCAUUGCCACGCGCAAAUACUCGGGGAAGAAACGCCUCAUCAUUGACUUGUCCGCUCCCCAUGGCUCUUCUGUUCCUUCUGUCAAUAGCCUGGUGCCCAGCGACGAGUUUUCUUUGUGCUAUGCCCGCGUCGAUGAUGCGAUUUCCCUCAUCAAACUCGUCGGGCGCGGCACUUGGAUGGCCAAAGCUGAUAUCGUCUCAGCUUUUAAGGUCUUACCCAUCCAUCCUGACUUUUGGCACCUAUUUUGCGUGCGCUGGAAGGGGCGUUACUACUUCGCCACCCGGCUCGUUUUCGGCUGUAAGAGCAGCCCCAAGAUAUUUGACUGUUUCGCCGAGGCACUGUCCUGGAUCCUGCUCAACGUGUGUCACAUUCCCUAUGUCGUGCACCUGCUGGACGACUUUCUGGUCCUCGACGCCCCGUCUUCUCCACCCGCUCGUUGCAUCACCUCCCUAGAAUCAGUUUUUCACCGCCUGGGCGUUCCGCUGUCCGCCGAAAAGACCGUUGGUCCGUCUACAUCGCUCGAAUUUUUGGGGAUUUUGCUGGACUCCGCCAAAUUUCAGGCUUCUCUUCCCCGCGAUAAGCAAACUCGCAUCUCCCAAGUUCUCUCAGAAUUUCUGCAACAGCCUCGUUGCACCAAGCAGCAGCUCCUGUCGCUUCUCGGGCAUCUGAAUUUCGCCAUGCGCAUCAUCCCACAAGGUCGCGCGUUUAUUUCCCAUCUCCUCCUCCUCGCUUCUUCAGCUACAUCCUACUUUCAGUUCGUCACCCUGGAUGAGGCUUGUCUAGCAGAGAUACGUUUCUGGCUCCUACUCCUCUCUCAUUGGAAUGGCAUUUCAUUUUUCUUUAACGACGCAGUAUCCAAUCCUGUUGAUAUUCAUCUCUUCACGGACGCCGCACCUUCUACAGGCUUCGGCGGUUUCUACGACGGCAGAUGGUUCGCCUCCCAAUGGCCUGCCGAAUUUUUUCAGCUCCCUUCGGAUCUUCGUGAUUCAUCCGCGCUUCGUGAACUUUACCCCAUCAUCGUCGCUGCCCUGCUAUGGGGACACGAAUGGACGCGACGCGUCAUUUUCACACACUCUGAUAAUCUAGCCGUAGUAAACGCAAUCAACAAGGGUCGGUCAAAUUCCCUGUCCUUAAUGCCAUUGCUCCAGAGGCUCACGUGGCACUCCAUCAUGCAUCAGUUCAUUCUCAAAGCUGUUCACAUUCCUGGUUCAUCUAACUCCAUUGCUGAUUCUCUGUCUCGUUUCCAAUUUCAGAAAUUCAGGACCUUGGCUCCACUCUCAGACCCACAUCCAACCCCAGUUCCACCUUAUUUGGACACCAUCUUCCCGCUGCACACGCCUUCUACAAUUUGACUCUCCAAUCCCAGGACCUCAUUCUUAACGCCGUUUCCCCCAACACUCUUUCUACUUACUGGACAGGAUGGCAAUGUUUUCGUCGGUUCCACGUUUUCCUUUCAAUCCCCUUUCCCUCCUUUGAUCUAUUUAGCACGGCCAACUUCCUCACCUUUACCAGCUCCCGCCUCUUCAUUCGAUCAUCCUCCCUCAAAGUUUACCUAUCAGCUAUCAACUUCUUUCAUAAACUCCUCCAUGGCUCACCUCAUCCUUUCGUUAGUCAUCCUCAGAUCACUCUGCUUUUAAAAGGCAUUAAAAGGAGCGAACCUCCUCUCACUCACAAACGUCUUCCCCUAACCUCUCACAUUCUCUCCUGCUGCCUUUCCACUCUACGUUCCGGACAAUAUUCUCCCAACAUUUCUCAAACCUUAGAAGCUAUGUUUUUGCUAGCUUUCUUUGGUUUUCUCCGAGUUUCAGAAUUUACCACUCCUUCCACCACUCAUCAUCCCUCUCUCCACCCCUGUCUGUCUGAUAUCACCAUCCUGGACACCGACACCCUCAUUUUCAACAUCAAGAGAAGCAAAACUAACCAAUUUGGCAUAUAUACUCCAGUCUACAUUUUCAGACUUCAUUCAUCUCUCAGUCCUUACGAACCUCUCCAGCUCUACCUCCAGUUCCGUCUCUCCCAAAGUGCUCGUCCUCACGACCCCCUGUUUAUCAAUGAAUCCGGUUCCCCUGCUACCAGUCAUUGGUUUCAUUUUCACCUCAAGAACGUACUCUCCCUCAGUGGAUUUAACCCCGCACAUUUCUCCGCCCAUUCUUUCAGAAUCGGAGCAGCCACUACAGCUUCUCACCAAGGCAUACCUGACCACACCGUUCAGAUCCUCGGCCGCUGGUCCUCCCAUGUCUAUCACAGCUACAUCCGCACUCACGCCCGAGACCUGUUCACUGCCCA